CCAUUUCUUCAGUAAUGAUAUAUACAACACAUUUUGCUUUCUUCUCGUUUAAGACCCUCUCCCUCGUUCUCACGCUUUGUUCUUUGCUUGGCGCCAAAGACAGAAUCAGAGCCUUCCAUCUUCCUCGACUUCGCUCGUCGACUCCAUCACCAAUCAUCCAUGGUCUUCUGCUUCAAGCUCUGCUCUCACAGCUGAGUAAUCAAGCUAAACCGUACAAUCAAUACUUCCUAGCUGGCCACCCACCAAAUCUCUGUCUCGGUGCGUGUGCGCUAUCUGCAAUGGGUCUUGGUUCGAUCUGAGCUUCUAUGUACAGUACGCUUUACAUUUUCUAUCGUUGCAAUUUGCCUAUUUCUGAAUUCAGAGCCACUGGAGGCCACAAUCUGCCCCUCUUCCGCUGCCGACCACAUCUCAGCAUCUACGUCUCGCCGCCGUCGCUGCUCACCAAAACUUGGAGCUAAGAUGGUUCGGUUUUGCACCUGAUAUGUAUUUAUCUGAGGUACCUUGGAUAUGGGAACUCGAAAUCUUUUGUGGAAUGUUGCAAACAAGUGCUUCACCUUUGGGCUUGUGGGCCUCACUAUUUCCGAUCGAUAUGCAAGUAUCGUUCCUGUGCGGGGUGGCUCUAUGUCUCCUGCAUUUAAUCCUCAACCCAGCACUUUUUCAGAUGACUAUGUUUUGGUGGAGAAGUUUUGCCUCGAAAAGUACAAGUUUUCACAUGGCGAUGUUGUAGUUUUUCGCUCCCCGAGUAAUUACAAGGAGAAACACAUAAAGAGAAUAAUUGCCUUACCAGGUGACUGGAUCGGAACUACUCAUAAUUCCUAUGAUGUGCUGAAGAUUCCAGAAGGACAUUGCUGGGUAGAGGGUGAUAAUUCAGCUUCUAGCAUGGACUCCAGAUCUUUUGGCCCGAUUCCUCUGGCUUUAGUUCAAGGAAGGGUGACCCACAUCGUGUGGCCUCCUGAGCGAUUAGGUGUAGUUGAGAGAAGAUAUCCUAAAGAACGAGUUUCUUCUUUCUAAAUGGUUAUUCAGCCCCGAGUCUCAUCUUGUGAGAGAAACUUUUUUUUUCUUUAAUUUAUGUCGUUUGGGGCAUUUGCCAAGGCAGCAUUUUUUUUUUUUUUUAUAAAUGGUUUAUUGUUUUCCAAAUGAUUAUUGAUAUUUGCUGCGCCUUGCAAGUU